AUGAUCAUCUACAUGCUUUUUACUCUUGCAUGCAGGCUCAGAAUGCCUCUGACGCGUUGAUGUGCAAAAUCUUUCCCUCUACUCUCCGAGGUAAUGCUCGAACCUGGUACUACAGUCUGCCUCCGAGAUCAGUCAGCUCGUACACAGAACUGGCAUCUGCUUUUGCCACAAAGUUUUCCAGUAGAAGGUUGAUCAGGAAAACCACUUCUGAGCUGAUGCGGGUUAGGCAGAGGGACAGAGAGUCUUUGAAGAAUUUUAUGAGCAGAUUCAAUGAUGCAGUGCUAGAGGUUAACUCUUUCGACCAAGCAGUGGGCAUUACAGCUGUGAUCUCGGGUCUCGGCCAUGAAAGAUUUAGAGACAGUCUGCUUAAACAUCCCGCCACCACCUUCAGUGAGGUAAACGAUAGAUCGUUGAAAUUCAUAACGGCUGAGGAAUACGCCAUGUCGCAACACCUAACUCCUAUUAAGAGCCAACACCCGGACUUGAGAGAUGAGAAUCCGAACAGGAAACGGAUGAAGACAACACAGAACCGAGGUCCGAUGUCGACUUCCACCCCGAGAUUCGGAAGGCCGAACUCAGCACCUCCGCAACAACCUACAGGUAAACCUCCAGAUCACGGUCAUACAACAGAGCAAUGUAAUAGUCUGAGGUCCGAACUGGAAAGUCUGGCACAGAAAGGAAUGUUGAAUGAGUAUAUCCAGAGAGUGGAACAGCCAAGGUUUGUCAGAGAACAAGGGCCACAGCAUCAAGCAAUCCGUAAUCCCCCAAAUAGACAAGGUGUGGGAUAUCAGCAAGCCCCACCCCCACUCCCACCACCAGCUAGAGUCAUACACAUGAUUACGGGAGGUCUGGAAGCUGGUGGACUGAGCUCUAAGCAGCGGAAGCUGUAUGUCAGAGAGGUUAGGCAUCAGAACCGAGCUCAGAAACGAAAAUUUGACGAUGCUGAGUGGAAGAAUCAACCCAUCACUUUCACAUCUGCUGAUCUUGAAACAGUUGUCACACCUCACAAUGAUCCUCUAGUCACUUCUGUCACAGUCAACAAUUGUGAGGUGCAGCGUGUCCUUGUUGACACCGGGAGUGCACCAAACAUCAUGUACUUCCAUUAUUUUGAGAGUCUUGGGAUAGAUCCAGCUCUGUUGCAGCGGUAUGAUGGUCCCAUCUACGGGUUCAACAACCAACCAGUUCCAGUUGAAGGAGUCCUCACCAUGAAUGUUGCCUUUGGAAGUGGCCGCAGUUAUGUGACCCCUUCAGUAAGGUUUUUAGUGGUCAAAAUGGCGUCAUCUUUCAACGCUUUCAUUGGUCGACCUACACUGACUGAGAUCCGAGCCGUGGUUUCCCAGUCUCAUCUAUGCGUGAAGUUCCCAACUCCUACGGGAAUAGCAACACUGCGAGGCAACCAGGAGGUAGCCCGGCAUUGUUAUAUCACCUCGAUAACACAACCUCAGAAGAGCAAGGCUCAGACACCCGAGAUUAAUCCCAAACAGAUACUUGAUGAUCGGCAAGUUAUGGGUGUUGAAAUAGUAGAUAACCGACCAGAAGAUGAAACCAGAGCUGCUCCAGUCGAAGAUGUGGAGGAGGUACAGAUUGAUGAUAGAGAUCCGAGCAGGAAAACGCAAAUUAGGACUAAAUUGCACCCGGAAGAAAGAGCAGAGCUAAUAGCUUUUCUUCGGGCCAAUAACGAUGUUUUUGCAUGGACUUCAGCAGAUAUGCCGGGAAUCCCCACUUCAGUUUUUCAACAUAAACUCAACACCAAUCCCCUCAAGAAACCAGUAGGCCAGAAGCGACGUCUCUUCGGGGGGGAGAGGUUAAAGGUUAUUAAAGAGGAAGUCGAGAAGCUCCUACAAGCCGGCUUUGUUAGGAGGGUAGAUUACUGUGAGUGGGUCGCCAAACCGGUGUUGGUGAAGAAAGCAAACGGUAAAUGGCGGAUGUGCAUCGAUUACACUAACCUCAACAAUGCAUGUCCAAAGGAUUGUUAUCUAAUGCCAAACAUUGAUAAGCUGGUUGAGGCAGCUUCGGGGAAUGAGAGAUUAAAAGAGCUCACUACUCUGGUAGCACCAUGGCCGUUUGCUCAGUGGGGAUUGGAUCUUUUGGGACCAUUCAUCAAAGGGGUUGGUGGUGUAACCCACUUAAUUGUUGGUGUAGAUUAUUUCACAAAAUAUGGGAUCCCGAAUCAGAUUGUGGCUGAUAAUGGAACUCAAUUUAACUGCACCUCUUUUCGAGAUUUCUGUUCCAGCUACGGGAUUAAACUACAGUUCACCUCGGUUUACCAUCCAAAGUCCAAUGGCAUGGUCGAAUCUGUUAACAAGUGCAUCUUAGAAGGUAUAAAGCCGAGGUUGGAACAACACAAGGCCAAAUGGGCAGAUGAGCUCAACAACGGCCUUUGGGCGUACAGAACUACGAGUCGCACUGCCACAGGUGAAACACCCUAUCAUCUGGCCUUUGGAACCGAAGCAGUCAUUCCUAUCGAGAUAGGAGUUCCAAGCUUCAGAGUCACCCAUUUCGAUGAAAGACGGAAUGGACAACUGCUUCGGGAGAACCUUGAUCUGCUUGAUGACCUCAGAGAAGAAGCACGACUUCGAACUCUAGUCUACAAGCAGAAAAUAGCAAACUUCUACAAUAAACGAGUUCGACCCCGAUCAUUCAAAGUGGGAGACCUUGUUCUCAGGAAAGCUGGUCUAACGGGGUUCGAAACUAGAUUCGGCAAAUUAGCACCAAACUGGGAAGGCCCCUACACUGUCGCCGAAGUGCCGCACCCAGGUGCUUAUAUCCUACGGGACACUGACGGAAAAAGGGUUCCUAGAGUCUGGAAUGUCAAUAAUUUGAAGAAAUUUUAUCCUUAAUGCAUCUCUUUCCAGAAAACUUUGUUAUUCCUUUACAUCGUUAAUGAACUUCACUUCACAUUCGAAGUGAUUCAGUCCUGUCAUUAUGACUUAUUCAGUCACUUCAUUUGUGGGGUUAUGAUUUUAUUACACUUACAUUUGAAGUGAUUUACUCAUUUCUGUAUUUGAAGUCCGCCUAUUAUAUAUCCAAGAUCGGAGAUCAGAACCUUGUGUUAAAUAAAGUUACUCUAUUUUA